CUUUGACUGACUGCCCAAAUCCAGCUAAUGAGCCCUAUAAAUUGGCACUGACGCAGUGUACAUGUCACUCUGUCUGCUUCCUCCCUGUAGGCUGGACUGGGAUCCUGUAGUCUUCAUCUCCUUGUUUCUCCAGCUUUUGAGCCUUGUUUUAGACACUUCUCCUCUACCUGCUGCGCCCCUGUUUGCCCCCCGCCUGCCUAGCUGUGCUGAGCAAUGAAGAUCCCUCUGUGGUACCUGGUGGUGCUGCUGGCAUGUCUCUUCACCCCUGGUCGCAGUGACUGCCAGGGGGAGUGUAUGGCCUGCGGUCUGCUCCUGCAGCAGCAGGAGCUACAGCAAGCCUUCAACACCAUGGUGUGUUUGUUGGAGUGUGAGGGUCAUGUCUCCUCUUCACUCACAUGGGAGGUUUGUAAACGUGCCGUGAAGCUAUCACACCAUCCUGCACUUUCUGAGGGAGGCACUCUGUUCAAGAGAGCAGGAGAGGAGAUGGAGCUGACCUCACUUGAUCUGAACUCAGACAGUGAACUGCUGCAGUCUGCAGCCGCAGAGCGCUUCCAGGAGGGGGAUCAGGAUGAGACACCCUUUGAGCAGCGCAGCGUCCAGUAUGACUCAUCACUGCUGGAAUCCUCUGAGGAGGGGGAGGGCUUGAGGGGUCUGGAUCUCAGUCUAGCAGAUGAAGAGAGAAAGUCAAGGGAGGAGAGGAAUAUGGAGAGUGAUGUCCAGCUACAAGGGGAUGAGCAUGACACCUCAGAAGCCAUCAUCUUAUCCAAACGCUUUGGUGGCUUUCAGAGGGGGCGUCAUGGAUACAGAAAGCUUAUUGGCUCACCCAUGAGGCCCUUACAAAAGCGCUAUGGUGGGUUCAUAGGUGUCCGGAAAUCUGCCCGCAAAUGGAACAGUCAAAAACGGGUGAACCAGCUGCUCAGGCAGUACCUGGGCAUGAGGAGCAGCCGCAGCGGCAGGUUCAACAACAUCCCUGUAACUCGGGUUUGGAGGCAAAACAAACUGUAAUGUAUUUCUGUUGCUCUCACAGAAUCCUGCCCCACUUACCUCAACCAAUCAUGUUUUCAGCAGCUCACUCCAAUUUGACGUCACCAUUAUCAUCAGAAGAACAGAUUCCCCCCAUCUUGCCACACCUCUUUGUGUCUCUAAGUAACAAGGAAUGUUUUGCCCGUGAUGUCCUUCUUAUUAAGCAUAUUUACAUGCCACUCUGUGAAAUAAAAGAAUUAGAGAAGUGCAAUUGAAUAUAUUUUUGUGUGUUGAUAUAAGAAAAGAGGCCAAAUGAGACUGGAAAACUGGUUCACUGCAAGAUGAGAUGCGAGGCCGUGACUUUCAUGCAUGUGUGGAUGGCUUCAGCCAUUGUUUUGCACUCAAUAGUUUGUCUUAUGAGAACUGUUACUAAUGUCUAGCUCUCAUAAAAAGAACUUAUGUGUCUCUCCAUAGGUUUCCCCCUUUUAAAAUGAAUGGCAUUUGUAGAUGUGGGACUCAACAGGUCGUAUACAAAUGUUUGCACGCAACUGGACCAUAACUGCUAAUCUUCCCACGUCACAGCAGAAACAUGUAGUAGAAUUGAAUUGGAAGUGGACACAGUCCAGCACUGUGCAACUUUUAAGAUGGUUCAGCCAGAUGUAAAUAUGAUCAGGCUGUCAGAGUGCUGAAGCACAAAAUGUUAAUUACUGGUAUACAAAUCUAAUUUUCUGCCUAAAUAACUUAAUUAAUGAAACACAAUGGAAGUAAAAUUGGUUUUCUGAAUUUUCAAACUCACCAAAACUUUGCAUCUCUCCUCCAAAAAAGCCUUGCUUCCAUAAUUUCACUCUAUUGACAAACAAUGUCUCUUUGCUUGCUAUUGCAUUCUAAUUUUGACCAUUAAGGUGCAGUUAACAGUGUAAACCUUGCAAACGGGGAGUUCCUCUUGAGGAAGUCAGCUGCAGCUUCAUGGGGUCCUUUCAGUGGAACAAAACUGCCCUCUAGUGGUUGAAGAAAAAACAUGUUACCCUUGCAUACUGAUUUGGGAUUAAUGCAAUGCCCUGAAUGACAUGUUGUUCUCUGAAUUGGCUCCCUUUCUCUGCAUGUAAAGAGGAGUCAUAAAUUAAAGACGACAAAUAUGUGUAAUUUAUGGCUUAUACUUCCCUGUCUUUCACAAUCAAACUAAAAUAUCAGAAGAAAAAAAAACUGUCUAUUAUCCCUCUUUCUCAUAAUAUUAGUAGUUAUGAUUCAUGAGAUUUGCCAACAUUUUAAGGGAUGGUGUAAAAAGUAUCAGGGAGGGGAACUGAUCCUUAUAGCCCUCCACAUAUUAAUUAAUAUUUUCUUUGGCCCCUUCCAACUUAGAAAAAAAAUUGCAACACCCUCCUCUGCAAGUGCAACUCGUUUCACCAUUAAAAGUGAAACAAAGGAAAAGUCAAGGGAGAUAACUGGGUAUACCAAUAUUUCAACCGCAAAAUGCAUACUGAAUACCAGUUGUUUUACUAUAGUGAAAAUUAUGCACAUUAAAAUGAUUAAAUUCCAAUUGUUUGACAAACAAGACAAUAUUGAAUUUUACUGCCACUCAAUUUUUACACAAAACACUUUCAAGAAAUUACUGUUACUGAAUGAAUGAACUGAGUGCUGCACAUCUAAGCACCAUAUUUUCUCCAAACACAUGGUUUCCAAAUAUCAAAAAUGUAACAUAAAAUAAUUUUCCCUCUAAUAAUUUUCGUACAGUCCCUAACUUAGCCUGCAACUACGGUAAUGAUGAGGCAAUAAUUUAAAGCUUUGCUAAGACAGAACUCAGGGGUAAAGAGAAACAAAUCCCCAGCCAGUUCUCAAACAUUACUCCACCCAGAGCUUAUUGCAGAGCUGCUCCUGUCACUUUAGUCCAAUUGUACUUCAGAGAAGGAAGCUGAAAACUGGCAGGGCCAUUGGGUGUGUAUCACAUUGUAGGAUGAGAGAGUAAAUGACACCAGCCCCAGCCCUGAACAGCACCAUCUUAAUGUACCAUUUGAGAGCAGAGGGACGAAAUGGAUUGUGCAUGUCAGCUGUGGAAAUAUGUUCAUUUGUUUUGACAUCAAGAUAUUUUCCUCCACUAGCAGGCCACAUCCAGUCUUUUGCAUCUUAAUAGUGUUUACGUGUUUUACAAGAUGUAAUAAUGUAUGCAUUUGAGUGUGUGGGUGAUUGCAGCGUGUGGGUGUGACUGUGCACGUGCAUGUGUGUGUGCGUGCGUUUCCCUGUCAAUUCAAUACAAAAAAUGGAAUUUGUGAAUACAGUGUACCUUUCAGACCGCAUUUCU